AUGGCGGAGCGGCGCUCCAGUCGCAGACGCGCGCCCGAGCCGGAGUCCGGGACGGACAGCCACAACGACAGCUACGACGCGGACAGCCUCGAGUCGGACCCGCGCGAGCGAGGAAAAGGAAGAGGGCCCGAGGGGUUGUCGCGCCUGCGCACGUCCGCCCCGAGCACGUCGCGCAGGGAAAACGUCCGCGUCUGGCCGCUGUGCUUCGCGAUCGCGAUCGAGAAGACCGUGCGCGUCAGACCCGCGGUGAUGGUCGCGAGCAGCAGCCUUCUCGCUUGGGUGACGUACUACCUGCAAGAGAGCGACCUCGAGCUGACGCUCCGGGCGUGGAUCUCGUCCCCGCUCGUCGUCUUCAUCCUCGUCGAGUGCUUGUUCCUCCUCUGCGCGUUCUUCGUGUUGAUGCCGCACACGAUGCGCCAGGCGUACAAGGACGACAAGCGGACCGCGUUCAAGGUGGCGGACAGCGCGGUGUUGAGCGCGCUCCCGCCCUCCGUCGCUCGGUUCGCCGUCGGCAGCGGCGUGGCGUGGAAACGUGCCGCGCUCGCGGUGGCGCGCGACGGCGCGCUGUUCUUCACGCUGUACCUCCUCUGCGUGGAGGCGCUCGUGGGCGGCGAGGACGAGGUGGCGUACAUUCCCGGGAUGAAGAACGGCAGAACGAGAACGACGGGAGGGGAGAAGGACGGCUGGCGCGAGAUGGACGGCGGGUACUCGGUGCACUCGUGGGUGAAGUCGUCGGACGCGGACGGGGACUAG